AUGCUUCGAAUUAUCCUGGGAUUGAGUCUUAUCUCUUACCUUUUGCACUGCUUUUCAUAUUUUGUAUUUCCAGGCAAAGAUAAACCAUUUCCGUUAAGCGUUUAUAUUGCAGAUUGCGAUGUUCCACCCUGCUUGGUGUACAAAGGAACCUUUGCUGUGAUGGAGGUUCAUUUUCUGGGCAACAACAACAACAUCAGGAACAUCACCGCCACCACAACUGCCAAAGUGUGGGGCAUAAGUCACUCCUACGAUCUGCCCGGGGAAAUAUCCAAUGUCUGCAUAAAUCUCCUGUACGGCGCCAUGUGUCCCAUCGACAAGGACGAGGAUGUGACCUAUCAGUUUAACUUUUAUGUCGAUCCAAUAUUUCCCGAAAUCACGGCCGAUGUCACGGUUAAUUUGAAUGAUGACAAAGGUGAGUCGAUCACCUGUUUCACCGUCAGUUGCAAAAUCCGUAAGGGAGCCACCGCGGCGAAAAGCGACUCCUACUUGCUGGACUGAGAAACCCGAUAAUGUACCACACAAUGCCACCGAUUUCGGACGACUGAAUAUUCCCCAUUAUUUGCUAAAAAAUAAAUGCAAAGAGUCUUUUAGAGA